AAAAAUCUAAAACUGUCGACUUAAUUCGCAUCAUUAACAUUCUCAACAUGUAUUGAUUUUUUGCUUUAGUUGAAUAUUUUGUUCCAUAUUUCUUCUAAAGAUUUUAUAAGCAAUCAGUGAAACGUAUCAAGCUGUACUUCUUUGUGUAUGUCCAAUUUUUGUUUAUACCGUGUGUAAAGUGGUGUUGAUUUAAAUGGCCAAGCAAAUAGCAGAAGUGCAAAUCCAUGCCACCGAUACAGACGACCGGGUGGAAGACGAGAAUCUGGAUGUCAGUGUGGACCUUAUUGAUGACAACCUUUACUUAGGUAAUUUGGCAUGUGCACGAGAUGAAAAAUCCUUGCAGAAGCUGCAGAUCUCCCAUAUCCUGACCAUAGACCUGGUGCCCCUGCCCAGGUCUAUACUGGACAGACCUAAUCUCACAUUUAAGUUCAUUAAACUAGCAGAUGUUCCCAAGGAGGACCUCAUCAGUCAACUGCCAGACACAAAUGAUUUUAUAAAAGAGGCUAUAAGCAAUGGGGGCACUGUUUUAGUUCAUUGCUAUUUUGGUGUAUCAAGAUCAGCUGCAGUUGUAAUAGCUUAUAUAAUGGAGAAGUACGGAUUGUGCUAUGAAGAUGCUUUCAUGUUGGUGAAAAGCAAGCGACGUUUCAUCGGACCAAAUGUCGGUUUUGUGGCACAGCUUAAAUUAUUUGGCCAUAUGGGAUAUAGGAUUAAUAGAGACGAUCCAAGGUUCAAACAGUUCAGGUUGAAAAUGGCUGGACAGAAACUGAAACAAGUGAAAAUCAUUCCUCAACUUUUUGCUGAUCUUAUAAAACCAGACCCGGGGUUGGUUCGCGAGCGACCCGACCCUAUCGUAUACCGCUGCAAGAAAUGUCGGCGUGUCGUCGCCAGUCAGAGCAACAUCAUACCGCACUUACCAAAGCAAGUCAAAGUGGAACUAGCAAAGAAAGGUAUACGGCCACCGCCGAGCAAGCUGACCGGGCUGAACUGUGCGGAGAAUGGGCAGCUGCUUAUAGAGAAAUUAAAGAGUCUGGCCUGUCAGAUUAUGGACCAAACUAUAGAGUGCGAGGAAUCCAGUGAUUCAAACUGUUCAGCGCAAAUCAUGCAGGAUGGUGAUGAAGGUACCAGUCAGGUGUUGGACGGGUACACGGAGGGCAAUAUGGUGGAUUCCAGUAUUACAGCUCGUGGGGAUGAGCGCAGCUGCCGGCUGGUGUGGUUUGUGGAGCCGAUGUCAUGGAUGCGAGGUGUGGCCAGUGAGCCGCACGGCAAGCUGCACUGCCCCAAGUGUCACAACAAGAUCGGCAGCUUCAGCUGGAUCAUGGGUUGCAAAUGUCCGUGCGGUCAGAAAGUGGCUCCCGCGUUUUAUUUGGUACCUUCUAAAGUGGAGUGGUCAAAUAUAGUACAAAAUGUACAAAUUACUGUUUAAAAAAACAAUAUUUAUUAAGGUAAAGCUUUUUAA